AGUUAUAGUUCUCGUAAAUGUUAUUGUUGAUGUGAAAGAUUGUGCAGCUUCAAUUUAGUGUAAAUUUGUAAUUGUGUAAUUUACCAUGACUAAUACUAAUACUAGUACAAUAUUUAAUAUAUUUGUGAAUUACAUAAAGUGAUUAUCAUGAACUUGCAUUUCCUUUAGAAACAGGCCCCUCACCCUCACACACUGCUACACAAACCCCACUAUCACCAGAUCAAGUUAAUGAUUUGCUUCUUGAAAUGUGUUAUUUCUACGUUAAUUAAACUUUGCAGUACAUCUGUAGUCUGGUCAGAUAGUUUUAACUAUUAACUUUUAUCAACUAGCAACUCAACCAAGUAAUGACACCAUCACCUCUCCUCCAAUCACGACCAUCACACCUCUCACCUCCACACAACCCACCUCAACCUUACACACAUUCACCAGCAUCACGGGUAACACCACAACACUUGUGUUCUCUGAACAAAUGAUUGAUGUUUAUUGGGACAAAAUUGCUUGAUUUUUGAUGAUUAACAUUUAAAUAUGUGCUUUUCUCAGAUACCACAGGAAGCCCAUGUCAGUACAGCGUUUUGAAGAGUAUGAAAGAAAAAGAAGCUCAUGUGGUGAAUAUCAAGGGCACUGAGGACCAAAUUUACACAAUCAGGAUAAAGCAUAAGCACAAUGAGAUCCGUGCUGAGCAAAUAUCUAACCAAACUCCCUUCAAAAUUCCAUUUGAAUGGUUAAAACCAUGCACUGUGUACACCGUCAGUGUGGAUGACUGUGAACUCAGUGGAAGCAACACCUUUACUUCCAGUAAAAAUGGAGAAACUGUUUCAAAAACUGUUGUGACAAGUGUGACUGAUAAUAAAGUGUGUUUGAAAGGAGUAUUCACUGGUAUUCAAUGGAAUCUGACUGAAUGUGUUGAAAUAACGGAGCAAAACUCUUGUGCCUCCACACACACCGUUGUACUGGACACAUGUACCUACACAAUGAAUGUUGCUCUGCCCCCAGUCAAGCCUCACAUAAACUUCAACGAAACUAUUCCCUCUCAGUUUGAAUGGAUGAAUAAACCAGCACGAUGUAAUGCUGCACUGCUUAUCAUCAACUGCAUCAAUAAUGAGAACAGAAACAGCACAAUUUAUGGUUUAAAUACCCCAGUGUCAUUAUUACCAGACACAGAGUACACCUGCACUGGAGAAUAUCCUUACGAGAAACAACACAUCAAGAGUAAUGAGCUGUCCUUCAAAAUAAAAUGCGGUCAGAACAAAUUUACAAAGAAUGAAGACGAAACAACAGACCAAGAUGUGAAUAUGAAUGGCAGCAAAGUUAUGGAGAAUUACUGUGUAAAUGUUUAAACCAGGAUACCAUCAGUAAAGAAUGACCUGAUAUCCAAAGGAAGCACAACUUUUAGUUCUAGCUGUUAUUGUUUUACCCCAGCAAAACAUUUUUUCAAGAAAUAGAGGUGAUUAACAAUUUUCUUUAAAAAAAAAAAAAACCUGUACAAUUAAAUAAAUAAAUAAAUUACAGUCAAAAGUU